GCCGGGAGCUGCCCCACGCGCUGCGUCUGCGCCUCCAACAUCCUGAGCUGCUCCCAGGCCGCUCUGAGCUCCGUGCCCACCCCGCUGCCGCGCUUCGCCGCCGUGCUGGACCUCAGCCACAACAACAUCAGCCGCCUGCGUGCCGACUGGGCGCCGGGCCGCCUGGCACACCUGCACGCGCUGCUGCUGGCGCACAACGGCUUGGCCUUCGUCUCCACCGAGGCUUUCACCCACGUCCCUCACCUCCGCCACCUGGACCUGUCCUCCAACCGCCUCCGCGCACUGGAGGAGAACCUCUUCAGCGACCUCCCCGAGCUGGAGGUGCUGCUGCUCUACAACAACGAGAUCUCCGCCGUCGACCGCUCCGCCUUCGACAACCUGAGCCGCCUCCGCAAGCUCUACCUGGGUCGGAACCACAUCGCCCGCUUCCCUCUGGAGCUGCUCCGCGACGGCAGCCGCCCCGCUCAGCUCUCCCUGCUCGACCUCUCCUCCAACCGCCUGCGUUCGCUGCCGGCCGCCGAGCUGCAGGCUUUGCCCGCGUGGCUGCGCGACCGCCUCUACCUGCACGGCAACCCGCUGGGCUGCGACUGCCCGCUCUUCCAGCUG